AUGGCGCUUCUAGAGGUGCUACAGAGAAAGAUACACAAGUAUGGGCUCGUUCCAAAGCUCAUCAAGGCCCUCCCCAUCAUCUCCCUCGUGUGCGCCCUUGUCGGCACUGGGUGGAUCUUGUACCUCCCAAUCGAUGGACAGUACCGCAAGACUUAUAUAUCAGAAAACGCAUUGAUGCCCUCCCAGGCAUACUCGUACUAUCGUGAAUCUGAAUGGAACUUUCUCAGAGGUUAUCGCGAUGAGCUUCAUAAUCUUGUGGCCAAUUCUACCAUCGAAAGAAACGCCGAAGUGAAAAAUUACCUUACAGAAGCAGGAUACACCGCCGCCGAACAUCACUACACCCCGUCCAACGCCAACGAAUCGGGAUCAAACGUUUAUGGUAUCUUAAACGCCCCCAGAGGUGAUGGUACCGAAGCAAUGGUGAUUGUGGCUCCAUGGACUACCUCCGAUGGCACUUACAACGAAAAUGGUAUCGCGUUGGCCAUGGGAAUGGCUCGUUAUUUUGCUAGGUGGACCAUUUGGUCAAAGAACAUUAUUUUGGUGAUCCCUGAAAAUAACCAGUUUGCCUUGCGCUCCUGGGUGAAAUCGUAUCAUAGCUCCCUUGAUUUGACCGCAGGAUCGAUUGAAGCGGCACUUGUCAUUGAAUACCCAGGAAGUGGUGAUUAUUAUGAUUAUCUCGAAGUUUCUUACGAAGGGGUCAAUGGUCAAUUACCAAACUUGGACCUUCUCAAUACCGCCAUCUCCAUCUCUGAACAUGAAGGAAUGAAAGUUUCGUUACAAAAAACCCCUAAAGAUCAAAUUGGUGAAAACACUUAUUGGUCAAGACUCACCGUACUUUUCAACGGUAUUAAAGCCCUCGCGUUGGCAGGCCUUAAAAGAUCUAAUGGGUGUGAGGUCUUUUCUGGUUAUCGUAUCCAAGCAAUUACUCUUCGAGCCGUGGGUGAUAAUGGCAGUGUUGAUAUUACCACUUUGGGUCGGGUGAUUGAAGCCACUUUCCGUUCCGUCAACAAUUUGCUCGAGAAAUUCCACCAAUCAUUCUUCUUUUACCUCAUGUUGGCCCCAAGAAAUUUCAUCAGUAUUGGUACUUAUUUACCAUCCGCAGUGUUUUUCUCCGUGGCCUUUGCCCUUGCCGCGCUUUCAGAAAUCCUUAAUUGUGGCUUACCAUUGCCUGUCUUGGUAGGAUCCGGUACUAAAGUCCUCCUUACUUUCCUCAGCAUUACUGCCUCAUCAUUAUUACUUGGCUCUUUAGUGCUUUUCUUCCCCGUCCCUGCAUCACUUAUAUACUAUACUUUCCUCAUUUUUGGGCUUAUCGUCGCAUCACUUCCUACAAAACAACUUCUUCUUGCCGCAUUGGCUCGUCCCUGGGGGAAACUGAAUCCUGCCAAUCCAUAUAUUCAACUCGCAAGUUCCGCCCACCUUCUUCAUGCGGUUUGUCUUCUUUAUGCUUCACUUAUCAUCACUCUGAUCCUCGUGGUGAAUUUUUCCCUCGCUUACACCAUGAGCAUUUGUAUGCUCCCCCUCACUUUUGUCAGACCAAUCACUCUCAGAUCAAGCAACUACCAAGAAAACAUCAACGCGGUAUCGCUAUUAUUAUCGUGCCCGUUCUUCAUUGUCUUGUUGAUUGGGAUUCUCGAUGGUGAUUUUACCAAUGGUCCAGUCGAAGUCAUGCAAGGAUUGUUGACCAGUUGGAAAGAUUUUGAUUGUUGGACUUGGUCGAUCGUAAUUGUUGGAUGGAUCCCAGUAUGGAUUGGUUCCGCAGUUUGUGGGUCAUUAAUUGUUGAUGAAUCAGAAUACGGGGUGGUUGAUUUGAAAAAGGAUUUAUAA